AUGGCCAAAAUGGAGGUCAAGACAUCACUUUUAGACAACAUGAUAGGGGUGGGAGAUAUGGUUCUCUUAGAGCCACUUAAUGAAGACUCGUUCAUCAAUAAUCUGAAAAAGCGCUUUGAUCACAAUGAAGUAUAUACAUACAUUGGCAGCGUGGUGAUAUCAAUAAACCCCUACAGAUCUCUACCCAUUUAUACUCCAGAGAAAGUGGAAGAAUACAGAAACCGAAACUUUUAUGAACUCAGUCCUCACAUCUUUGCCCUGUCAGAUGAAGCAUACCGAUCUUUAAGGGACCAGGACAAAGACCAGUGUAUCCUUAUUACAGGAGAGAGUGGAGCUGGAAAAACAGAGGCGAGCAAACUUGUCAUGUCAUAUGUAGCUGCUGUGUGUGGAAAAGGGGCAGAGGUUAAUCAAGUAAAAGAACAACUUUUGCAGUCAAAUCCAGUUCUUGAAGCUUUUGGAAAUGCCAAGACCGUGAGGAAUGACAACUCCUCUAGAUUUGGAAAAUACAUGGAUAUUGAGUUUGAUUUCAAGGGUGACCCGCUUGGAGGAGUUAUAAGCAACUAUCUGCUAGAGAAGUCUCGUGUUGUUAAGCAGCCAAGAGGUGAAAGAAACUUUCACAUUUUCUAUCAGAUAUUGUCUGGUGCAUCGGAAGACUUCCUCUGCAAACUCAAACUGGAGCGGGACUUCAGCAGAUACAACUACCUGGGCCUUGAUUCUGCCAAAGUGAAUGGAGUGGAUGAUGCUGCAAACUUCAGAACAGUUAGGAAUGCAAUGCAGAUUGUUGGUUUUAUGGAUCAUGAAACACAGUCUGUUUUUGAAGUGGUGGCAGCCGUUCUGAAAUUGGGAAAUAUUGAAUUUAAGCCUGAAUCUCGUGUGAAUGGCCUAGAUGAAAGUAAAAUCAAAGAUAAAAAUGAACUCAAGGAAAUCUGCGAGUUGACGGGUAUAGACCAGUCUGUAUUGGAAAGAGCUUUCAGCUUCCGGACGGUUGAAGCCAAGCAAGAGAAAGUUUCAACAACGCUAAAUGUGGCUCAGGCUUAUUACGCCCGUGAUGCUCUGGCUAAGAAUUUAUAUAGUCGACUGUUCUCUUGGCUUGUUACCAGAAUCAAUGAGAGCAUUAAGGCACAAACAAAAGUGAGAAAGAAGGUAAUGGGAGUGCUGGACAUCUAUGGCUUUGAAAUUUUUGAGGACAACAGCUUUGAGCAAUUCAUUAUCAACUACUGUAAUGAGAAGUUGCAGCAGAUCUUCAUUGAACUUACCCUCAAAGAAGAGCAGGAGGAAUACAUCCGAGAGGGGAUUGAAUGGACUCAUAUUGAGUAUUUCAACAAUGCUAUAAUUUGUGACCUAAUAGAAAAUAACCAAACUGGAAUCCUGGCCAUGCUAGAUGAAGAAUGCCUGAGACCAGGAACUGUUACUGAUGACACCUUUUUAGAAAAACUGAACCAAGUCUGUGCCACUCACCAGCAUUUUGAGAGCAGGAUGAGCAAGUGCUCCCGGUUCCUCAACGACACCUCCUUGCCUCACAGCUGCUUCAGGAUUCAGCAUUACGCUGGCAAGGUUAUGUACCAGGUGGAAGGAUUUGUUGACAAAAAUAAUGAUCUUCUGUACCGUGACCUCUCCCAGGCCAUGUGGAAGGCCAGUCACUCUCUUAUCAAAGCGUUGUUCCCAGAAGGUAACCCCGCUAAGAUCAAUCUAAAGAGACCACCGACAGCAGGUUCACAGUUCAAGGCUUCGGUUGCUACCCUGAUGAAAAAUCUUCAGACAAAAAAUCCAAACUACAUUAGGUGCAUCAAACCCAACGACAAAAAGGCUGCACACAUUUUCAAUGACGCCCUGGUGUGCCACCAGAUCCGCUACCUUGGUCUUCUGGAGAACGUCCGGGUCAGAAGGGCAGGUUAUGCAUUUAGGCAGGGGUACGAGCCUUGCCUGGAAAGGUACAAAAUGCUGUGUAAGCAGACGUGGCCCCACUGGAGAGGACCAGCCAGGGCUGGCGUAGAGGUACUGUUUAAUGAAUUGGAAAUCCCUGAAGAAGAAUUUUCAUUUGGUAGAUCAAAGAUAUUCAUCCGCAACCCAAGAACGCUCUUCAAACUAGAAGAUCUGAGAAAGCAGCGGUUGGAGGACUUGGCUACUCUAAUUGAGAAGAUUUAUAGAGGUUGGAAGUGCCGCACACGCUUCUUGUUAAUGAAAAAAAGCCAGAUUGUGAUUGCUUCCUGGUACAGGAGAUAUGCACAACAAAAAAAGUAUCAGAAGAUAAAGAGUUCGGCUGUUAUAGUACAGUCUUACAUCAGAGGAUGGAAGGCUCGGAAACUUCUUCGGGAGCUUAAGCAUCAGAAGCGUUGUAAUGAGGCUGCCACAAUAAUUGCCGCUUAUUGGCAUGGUACCCAGGCGCGAAGGGAACUGAGACGACUGAAGGAGGAGGCUAGAAAUAAACAUGCUAUUGCUGUUAUUUGGGCUUACUGGCUUGGAUAUAAGGCUCGAAGGGAAUUGAAACGCUUGAAGGAGGAGGCUAGGCGUAAGCAUGCUGUUGCAGUCAUUUGGGCUUACUGGCUUGGACUGAAGGUCCGUAGAGAGUACAGGAAAUUCUUCAGAGCCAAUGCUGGAAGAAAAAUCUAUGAAUUUACCCUUCAGAGAAUUAUGCAAAAAUACUUCCUGGAAAUGAAGAAUAAGAUGCCUUCUUUAUCACCAAUAGAUAAAAACUGGCCAGCGAGACCUUACCUUUUCUUGGAUUCAACUCACAAGGAACUAAAGAGGAUUUUCCAUUUGUGGAGGUGUAAAAAGUACAGAGACCAGUUCACAGAUCAGCAGAAGCUUAUAUAUGAAGAAAAACUGGAAGCAAGUGAACUUUUCAAGGACAAGAAGGCUUUAUAUCCAGCCAGUGUUGGGCAGCCGUUCCAAGGGGCUUACUUGGAAAUCAGCAAGAAUCCCAAGUACAAAAAACUUAAAGAUGCUGUGGACGAAAAGAUCAUUAUUGCAGAAGUUGUGAAUAAGAUCAAUAGAGCUAAUGGGAAGGCUACAUCCAGGAUUUUCUUAUUAACCAAAAAUAACGUUCUUCUUGCGGAUCAAAAAUCUGGGAAUAUCAAGUCAGAGGUUCCACUGGGAGAUGUUACCAAAGUGUCCAUGAGCUCCCAAAAUGAUGGCUUCUUUGCAGUGCACCUCAAGGAGGGUUCAGGAGCAGCUGGUAAAGGAGAUUUCCUGCUCAGCAGCGAUCACCUUAUUGAAAUGGCCACUAAACUCUACCGCACUACUCUCAGCCAAACCAAACAGAAGCUCAACAUUGAGAUAUCCGAUGAGUUUCUGGUCCAGUUCAGACAAGACAAAGUGUGUGUGAAGUUCAUACAAGGCAGCCAGAAAAAUGGCAACAUCCCAACUUGCAAGCGAAAAAACAAUCGGCUUCUUGAAGUGGCUGUCCCUUAACUGCAGCUGGUGACUCUCCCUUUCACGGACUUGUUUCUUUGUAAUAGUGCAAUUUUAGUUGUUUGGUUUUGCUGGUUUUAUCCCUUUCUGGAGCUGUUGAUGGCUAAUAGCUUUAGAAACCCUUGGCAAAACAUUUGAUCAAUCGACUUUUUAAUCUUUUUGUUCAUGCCAGAGUUUUAACCCUCAAAAUGCAGAUUUUUACCCAGUGAGGCAUUUUUACCAGCUGGCACGUAUCUGUCAUACACAAAUCAUUCUCUUUGUUUAGCGGUCAUAUUUUAGUGCAGCAUACCGUAAACCCACAUAUUAAUGAUAAAUUACUCAUAUUCCUUAGUCUAGAGAUCCGCUUAACAGGAACUAUACGUGGCCUUGAUGCUUGAUGGCCGCUUGUGCCCAGUGUCUUUUUAUACCGACCUGUUCUGGUGUUCUGACAGGCUCCUUGCUUUGCCACCGCUGGGGAGACCGGCAGAACGGAGACCAACACACUAACUCCUAUAGUUAACACUAGGACCUAUGUAACUCGAUCUUUUAGUCCAUACAGCACAGGAACAUCUAAUUCUGCAAAACAGAAGGAAUAUAUGAUUAUACAAGCAGCUAUAUGCAUAAUUUUAGAGUAAAAAAUGCAGACAUUUUGAAACAGGAUUUUUAAUUAGGUCAGAUGUUUUUAAUGACUUUAUACAGUAGAAAUCAGUAAAAUUAAAAAAGCUUGUUUCUUUCACAAGAGCUAUACAGUUCAAGGCAUAUUUCCUGUUCUGCUUUUUUUCUUUUAAAUUAUCAGUUAAGAUUAGAGCCUGAAGAAUGCAGUAGUAUUCAUAACACAAGUAAAUGCUAGGUAUUUAAGCAGUUAGUUAUCAAGCAAAAGGUUUGAGCCAUUCUUUUAGAUGUUGGCAUGUACAAUGUGCAAUAAAACAUACAUGACAUUUUGUGAAAAAUUAUUUAUAAUACAUUUUUGUGUGCAAGAGAGAGGAUUGGUGCAGACUGCAUAGACAAUGUAGGGGUUAAAAUAGAUUUGUGUUGUUAAUUUGCAGUUUUUUAGAGUGUACACUACAGUUGUCAAUUUGGGAAGAAUACUUAGAAUUAAAAAAUCCUUAAUUUGGGGGUCUGUAUAUAAAUUGGUAUUACGGUAAUAAAACUGUUCUAAUUCUGUGCUCUUUGGUACUCCUAUGUUAUAACCAUAUUUUUGUACUCCAACUAUUUUAUAUAACUUGUGUGCCUGAUGCAAAUUCGUGCACAGAAAAUACAAUCAAGAGCUGCAUUAUAAACCUUCAGUGUAACUGAUUGCACUUAAUCUUUUAUAAGCCAGAAGCAUUAGUUGAAAUCCUUAAGAGGAGAGAUGCAUUUUUAGAUAGAAGUAACUACUCAAGUGAAGGGUUUGUGCGAUGUGUGUUUGAUUUGUUGAUGCAAGGACAGUUGAGAAAGCAUUGUAUUUUUGCAGUCUGAUAUAGGACAGAUUAAGACCCUGGGUAUCUGAUGUGCAGUGCUGGAAGUCCAAGCAUAAAUAAAGGAAAGAUAAAGAAAA